AUGGAUGCUCCAAGGAACGUACCGGACCAAAAUAAUGAAGGAGGUCACCAGCCGACUGGACUGCCAAUUCAGGUUGAUAAAGGCCAACCAAAGGACGCUUCUGAUCCCAAACCACGACAGCUGGAAACCGACCAGAAAGAAACCUUGACGAUUGAGCGCUUUCAACCCAUCUUGGCGACACUAGCAAAUCUCGAACGCGACGAUCCGAAACUCGCAUUUCAAGCGGCUCGAUCCGUGGGGCUCUAUCGACGUCUAUGUGCAUCAUGUGUGCCUAGGCACCUCAGUGGCGAGGAUGUCGACCAGAAGAGUCAAUUCUCGAAGGAGGCUAGCAUUAACCCGAGCAAAGAGAAGAAUGGAUCUCAGCUUCCUCAUGAUGAGCAGCGAUUACGACUGCUUUCCUUUGAGCAGGCUUUGGAAUCGUCUUGGGAACGGAUGACUGUCGUGCUCAAUGGCUGGAACCAAUGCUCGAAAAGUAGUCUGGGCAUGUUGGUGGAUGUCAAAACAACCGAGUGA